AUGUUGCGUCUGUUGACUCGUCAAUUUAGCGCGCUUCGUUCGUGUUCAGCCGAGUCACAACGAGAUGGUGUCCGUCUUAGGAGUCUAGGUGGAACAGCUAAAGAUCAGGACACUUUAAAGCUCGUCUUUGAGAAAUCUCGAGAAGUGAAUCCAAAAGGGUUGGUCAAGAUCAUCCGCAAGGGUGAAAACCUCGGAGUGAUGAGCCUCCGGACUGCAUUGGCACAAAUUGAUCUUUCCAAGGAAGGGUUCUUGUUUAUGGGGUCUGUUAGGGACCAAAAGUUCGGCGACGUUGGGUUGUUGAAGGUGGCUUCUCCACAGAAGGCGCGCAGGCAGCUUACAAAGCAUUUACAGCAACAAAAGACGCAGCAGUUUCAGCAGGAGAAUCCACGGCUUAUAGCCAAACAGCAAAAGCAGGAAAAUCGACAGAAAGAACCCGACGUCAAAAUGGUCAGAGUUUCUUGGCAGAUCACUCCGCACGAUCUCACCAGUCAGAAGCGACACGAAGUUGAGACACAAGUCAAGAAAGGUGAGAGAGUCCGUAUUGUUAUUGAUGAUAAGGACAAUUUCGAUGCUGACGUCAGGGUCGCAGGAGAUGAGAGAUCUCUGACAGAACUGGAAGCCACCAAAAGAGGCAAAAUCGAAAACUUCCUUGACCAACUACUUGAAGAGCUUGGCGUUGAGUUCCAUAAAGAAGGUGCGAUUUACGAUAAAGUGUCUUAUGACGUGAAACCACAAGAACGGAAGAACGAACUUUCUGCAGAGGAAAAAAAGCGUCUCAAGCAAUUGAAGAAGCAGGAAAAACAGGAAAAGCUGCGCCAGCGCACAGAGGAGAAACGUAGGAAGGCACAGGAGGAAUUCAAGAUCCUCACAGUGGAUUAA